CGGCUGUGCUGGUCCCCAUCCUGGUCCCUGUCCCAUGAAUAGGGUCAGCUGUGAUGCUCACAGCCAGCGCAGUGACAGUUCUGCCCCUGUCCCCCUUGGCCUGACACUGUCCCCUUGCUGUCCCUGUCUCAGAUGUGCCAAGUUUAGCUGAAGUCGCUGUGGGUGUGAGGAAGGGAGCGCAGCACCAUGCCUGUGGCASAGAGGAUUCUCCUUCGCCCCAUCACCAUGGGACUGCUCCUGCAGAGCCUCUUCUUCCUCCUCUUCCUCCUGAGCUCCUGCCUCCACCCAGCUGCUGCCUUCACCAAGGGCUGUUACCCCUCAGAAGAGGAGGGGCUGAAGACCUUUCGCUGCAGCAAUGCUCAGCUGACCGAGGUCCCCAGAGACAUCCCCAACGACACCAAYAAGCUCUACCUGGACUCCAACCAAAUCCCCUUCCUGCCUCGCGAUGCCUUCCGGGACCUGCCGCUCCUUCUGGAGCUGGAUUUGUCCCACAACGCCAUCGCCAGAGUCGAAAGUGGGGCUUUCCGUGGCCUGGCAGAGCACCUGCACUCUCUGGACUUGUCUUCCAACMGGCUGGUGUCAGUCAGCAAAGACGCCUUCAGCAACCUGAAGGCCAAGGUGAACCUGUCCAACAACCCGUGGCUGUGUGACUGUCGGCUGCAGGAGCUGAUCCGYGCCGUGGAGCUGGCGGCCGACUCCUCGGGGGGCAUCGUGUGYGACUCCUCUGCACAGGAGGAGCACGUCGGCAAAGCUUUCCUGCAGGUCAUUGCCGACACGGACUUGUGCAAUGUAUACAAGAAGACCACGGACAUCGCCAUGCUGGUCACCAUGUUCGGCUGGUUCGCCAUGGUGAUCUCCUACCUGGUCUACUACGUGAGGCAGAACCAGGAGGACGCCCGGMGGCACCUGGAAUAUCUCAAGUCACUGCCCAGCAAGCAGCGGCGAUCAGAGGAGUCGUCCACCAUCAGCACUGUGGUGUGAGCACUGGCAUCCUGCUGGACAUGGGGACGUGUGGAGCCGCUCCAGGGGCUCACCACGGCUGCAGGAGCUGUCACCAGCCACCAGCAUCGCACAGAGAUACUCACGGAUUUGUUCUGUUCUCCUCCUGGCAGCAGCAGCCACGGCUGAUGAGUCCCUGGCUCUGGUGGCUGAGGUCAGGGAUGGAUAUCAGCCAUGAGCACUGAGGAUCCACAGCAUCCUCCCAAGUUAUGGAGGACURGAGUGACCCAGAGUAUCCCCCUGGCAUGUGGCCAUUGCUCUGACUGACCUGGACAUUUGGACUUCAUCUAAAACUUUUUAUAUUUUCUUUSCAGAGAUCCCUCGGGACAUUAAUGGAAUCGGUGUUUGCAUCCCUCCCUGGCUCCCCCUUGGCUGCCCAAGGGAUGGUCUGGCAGCCCAGGACAGCCGGGGCCUGGYUCCCUGCCAGGAGGGCAGUGAGAGGGAGCAGUACAGCUGCAAGGGUGAUGCCCUGCCAGGUCACUGUCCUGGAGGGUCAGGGUUGAGACUGCAGCCAGUGGGACCAAGAGGUGGGGCAGGAGGUGGGCACACACCGGUUGGUGCUGYCCCAUCUCCCGUUUCAUCUCCCUGCUCCUUUCCCAGCACACUCAGGUGGGGCAAAGGAUGUGGGGGUCCCCACUGAGAGAUGAGGUCACUGAUGGGCAAAGCAGAGUGUGGGGAAUGAGAACAAAAUGGGAAUGAAAUCCCUGGGGCUCUCCUUUGGGGCUGCCAAGGGAUAUGGUGCUGAUGGAGGGGAACUGAGGGGAUCCAGCCCUGCUGGAURUUGGGGAGCAGUUUCCCCUCGGUGCUCCCGGGGUCCACGUGGGAGGUUGUUUGCAGCACCCUUUGCCAUCUGCUCCUGUCACUGCCGGAGGGGAGCUCUCACCUCACAAGCUGCUGACCGCUCACURUGAUGGGAAGUGGGAUGGAGGGAGCUGCCACAACUCCUCUGAUGUCUCACCACUCUGCACUGCUGUCAGGAGCCUGAAUCUCCCCUAAAAUACCCCUAAAUCCCCUCCUGACACUUCCAGUAUUGGGUUGCAGGUUCCUGGGGGUGGUGGUGGAGGUGAUGUUGGGCACAGGACUGRCACAGGCAGGGGUCAGUGCCCACCUUUGGGCACGUGGGUGGCAAGUGGCAACUCAGAGCAAAGUGAGAGCGGACCCAGACUCUUCCACCUGUGUGUCUGGCCUCUGAAAAAGCUGAUUUUGGCCUUUUUCUAAACCAACCAAUGCUAAAUUGCCUUAAUUCACCAAGAGCACCAACCAAAGCUGCUUGAACCUCCUCUGUACUGGGCCAGACCUGCCUUGGUGCCAGGCCCAGCCUCAGCCCCUGGUGUGGGCAGUGUCUUUUGGCACAGACAGACCCGUGGGUCUGCCCCCUCGUGUCCUGGUGCCGGCGGGAGCCGUGGGAUGGAGUCGAUCAGCAGCAGGGCCCACGACCUUCUACAAGUGCCUAAUUCCAGCACAGAGCAGGAGCUCUGUAACGCACAAACACCUCGGGCCCAGCUCCCAUCCRGGCAUCCCCACAGCCCCACGGCAGCUCCUUCCCUCUCUACAACUGGCUGAGGAGAAAAGGGGCUGGGGGAGGCCUGACUGACCCUUYCUGCUGCUCCCCCCAGGCUGCCACCUGUGCACGCAGCAUGGGGGAUACCGGGACCACCUGACCCAUCCGUGUUUGGGUUAAGGGACCUUUUAGUUUUUACUUUAUACGACAAUAAAUUUGUCUUUUACUUUGGA